CUCGAAAAUCUCAUCGGGUUCGGGAUACAAACGUUUUGGUUCCAACAUCAACAGAAAAUAAUGAGUUUAGUUCCGUCAGGCGUUAGUGUUGUUAUAAUAACAACUUUGCAUCCACUGGGUUAUGCAAAAGUUUUAAUACAGUUAGGGAACGAACCAGUGUCUCCGUAUUUGGCAAAGUCUCCACUUUGGCGGAAACCACAGUAUUACUAUCCAAAUGUCCUUCAAUAUAUUCGACACAUUAAAAGAAGAGAUGGAUUUUUUGGAUUGUACAGAGGGCUAGUACCAAGAAUUCUGGAGGGCAUUGUUGGGAGUUUUGUGACACAAAAUGUGACUGAGUACAUGAAGAAGAAGUAUCCCAUCAAUGAAAAUGAAGAAGGACCAGAAGUUGUUGUAUUUUUCAAACACUUUGCUCUACAGUCUUCUCAAGAAGUGGCUGCGAAAACUCUUGCAAUCAUGGCCAGUCAACCCCUACAAGUGAUUGCCCUGCGGACCAUGGCCCAGUUUGUGGGACAGGAGACUUUGUACAGAAAUAUAUUUGUUUCUGUGAUGGAAAUUUAUGAGAAUGAAGGAUUUCUAGGAUUUUAUUCUGGCAUUAUUCCACGACUGUUAGGGGAUGCCCUCGCCAUCAUCCUGAUCAACUUGAUUUCCGAUAUUAUCAACAGAUAUUUUAUAACAGAAAAGGAAUACAAGGCCUACACAGCAGCCAUUAGUAGUCUUUUUGUGACCCAAUUUACUUAUCCCUUUGAACUUGUGUCGAGGAACAUGAGUGUGAAACCAGCAAGGUUACUAGCCGCUCAGAAUAUGCCUGACUACACUGACUGGCUAGAUUGUUGGAGAAUGCUGAAACAAAAUGGUGAAUUACAUCGUGGAUCAAAGAUGUUUCUGCGGGUAGCAAAGAAGGCGACAUUAGAGCGAUAAAUAUGCGUUAGCUAGAAUUGGUUUGACUUCCUGUAGACAAAUUCUGAUUGGGUUUGGCUGGGUGUGAAUCAGCAUCAAAGAUUUGUCAAACAACUUUAUAUGUCAACAUUUUUAAUAUUUUAAUGUGUAUGUUCUUUAUGGAUAUGCAGUACAUGUAUUUAAUUUUUUUUUUAAUUGUCAGAUAUACAAUACUACCUUUUAUUUCUUGAUCAUUAGAAAUGUUACUUACGGCUCUGUACAUUUUAUUCUGUAAGAUUUAUCUUUAAACAUUUUAAUUAUCUUAAUGAAUAGGUUUUAAAAUUGUUAAUCUUUUUUCUUGUAAAUUAUUUUAUUAAGUACUGUUUCUAUUUUUAUCACAUUCACAUAUAUCUUCCUACUUGCAUACUGUACAUACAUUUUAAAUACUGAUAGGCAUAUAUUAAUUAUAUAAAGCAGAUGAACUUGAAAAAAAAUGUUUACACAAACAUCUGGCUUACUGAGUUUUAAUACCCUUUGUAAAAUUAUAGUCACAUUUUGGACUUCUCUAGAAAUCCCUUCAGGCCAAUUGAACCAAUAACUUACCAACAAAACAUCCUCAGAUGAAAAGGAUUUAAGUUUGUUGAAACACAUGACUGUCCCAAAAAGGGAGGCACUAUCAGGGGACCUAAUUGGGAAUGAAUAAUUCAAUGGAAAAGGGGACAUCUUAAAAAAACAUGGUGUAAAUUCAUAUAUUUUCAGAAUAAGACCCAUAAGUUAUGGUGGAGCUAAAGUAAAAAAGUCAAGAUUUAGUCUUGUGAGAGGGAUAAUGCUUAGAUUUUAUUACAAUGAAGUAGGAGCAAGUCCAAUUUGAAAUUAGUUUUAAUAAAUAUAUCAUUAAUAUUCAUAAAGCAAGAUCAAAGAUUUGGAAAAUGUGUAUUUUUGAGCUUAGAACAUCAGGAAGGAGUUUCACAUCAUAUUAUGAAAAAAAAAAUGUUGAUUUGGUGAACUUUGUGGCUCCUGACAUGGGCCUCCUCAAACGUUUCGUAGCCACAAUGAGUACUUAGUGAGUAGUUUAUUUAUAACAUUGUCAUAGAUUUAUUUGAAGUGGUCCUUCUAAUGACUGACAAGAUAGAAAUAAAUAAUUCAGUGGCAGGGAAAUGUUGUGCCUUUCAUAAUAAAGAUACAUGUAUUUACAUGUCUGAGUUUAA